AAUCUUAUUUUAUUAAGCUGAUUUAAAAUUUUGUCACAUUGCCUAUGGUCUCUAUUUGUCGUUAUUAUUGUUAUCAAAAAGUUUUACACUAUUACUUGACCCUUGACCAAUCAUUACUUAAACUUGAUAACUAAUCGGGUACUCAGUUGUAUCCAAAUAUCUCGAGCACUUGUAAUGUAAAAUGACUUCCAAGAGCAUUAAUAUUUUAGUAAAAGAGUAUCUACAUCGGGGUCACCUCAAUGUUACUAAAGUACAACUUCGUAAUUUUAGUGACAAAGGUAUCAAGCAAACAAGCCUGUACAAUGUGCAUAAAAAGUAUAAUGGAAAAUUGGUCGAUUUCGCCGGGUUUUACUUACCAGUUCAAUAUGCAGACAUGAGUGUAUCGGCGUCUCAUCUCUUCACGAGGAAAAGUGCUUCAAUUUUUGAUGUUUCGCACAUGCUUCAGACGAACGUUCGAGGUAAGGACUGUAUUUCAUGGUUUGAGUCGAUAUGUCCCGUGGACUUAAAAGGAAUGGCACCUGGAACUAGCUCUUUGACCGUGUUUCUAAAUGAAAAAGGAGGAAUAAUUGAUGAUCUUAUAGUCACAAAAGUAAUGGAUAACCAGCUUUAUAUCGUCUCCAAUGCAGGACGGUUGGAAGUCGACAAACAGCACAUGUUACAAACGUCGGAAAUAUACCGCAAAAAAGGUAAAGAUGUCACUAUCAAAUUUUGGGAUGUUACUGAAAGAGCUCUCAUUGCAGUGCAGGGACCGAUGGCGGCGUGUAAUUUACAACCUCUGACGGACAUUCCGUUGGCAGAUUUGAUGUUUAUGAAUUCAAGAAUUGGUAAAGUAGCCGGUGUUGAAAGUCGUGUGACUCGCUGUGGCUACACGGGUGAGGAUGGGUUCGAGAUAUCUAUACCCGCGGAUAAGGCGGAGAAUGUAGUAGAGGCGUUAUUACAAUCCCCGGAUGUAAAGCUAGCUGGUCUCGGAGCAAGGGACUCGCUCCGAUUAGAAGCAGGAUUAUGCUUAUAUGGAAAUGAUAUCGAUGAGACUAUUACCCCGGUAGAAGCCAGUUUGACAUGGUUGAUUGCAAAAACACGUAGAAAUGAGAAUAAUUUCCCCGGCGCGGAUAUUAUUUUGAGGCAAAUAAAGGAGGGAGUUAGAAAAAGAAGAAUAGGGGUAAGAAUAGAGAGUGGAGCGCCAGCGCGGAAAGAUGCCGUACUUAAGAGUGUACAAGGAGUUGACAUAGGUAAGAUUACAAGCGGCUGUCCAAGUCCGUCGCUAGGAGGAAAUGUUGCUAUGGGCUAUGUUACCGAGGAAUUUAAGAAAAUUGGCACCGAAUUACUUGUUAACAUACGUGGAAAGGAUGUAAAGAGUAAAGUUACAAAAAUGCCGUUUGUGCCAGCAAAAUAUUAUGUAAAAAAAUAAAACAUCAAAAAGUUAAGUUAAAUAAUAGUUUUAUUUGCAAUCAUAAACACAAUAAACUAAGUAGAAUUUGUAAUUAGUGUCGUCGACAAUACAACUAGUUGAACUUUAAACUAUAAAAAAGCGAGCUUAUAUACACACAACUCAAGUACUACUAAUCAACAUAUUUCUCGUAAACUAACAAUUGAGCAAUAAUAAAUAAAUUCGACAUUAUUGGGAACACUUAUUAAAUACGAAUUUAUAUAUGGACAUGUAACAGUUAUUGUGGAAUUAUUUGGAAUGUUGAGAUUAUGUUUGAACUAUUUUUAAUACUGUUUUAUAUAUACAAACUUUAUCACAGGAAUAAUUGAUUCUCAAUAGUGAAUAUUUUAUCAAAAAUAUAAUAAUUUGUCAUUUAAUUCCAAUUUUAGUUAACCUUCAAUAUUAAUAAUUUGUACAUGUAAAUAUGUUAAAAAUUGUCACAUCGCUUAAUAUUAAAGAAUUAAAAUUAU